AUGACAGGAACCGCUUUAACCCUUCUCCUUGGCGGAAUCUCAUUCAUAAUCACAACCCUCUUGUUAAAAAUUCAUCGCCUCCAAGAUGAUCUGUUGCUGGCAAAACUGACUCUUUCGGAAGAAGAAAGUCUUGUGUCAAAGUUGACGCGAAUUUCGCAGCCGGCAAAUCUGGCAAGCUCCUCGAAAAGGGAAAAGUCGAAGCUUUCGCUGUUGAAAUUUGAAAGAAGAGCUGAACAUGUGAAAAAUUAUUGUGAAAAUGUUCUGACGGCGAAGGAUCUUAAUGAGUAUGAAUCGCCAACACUAGAUUAUUGGGACUCAUGGAAUUGGGAUGAAAAUGAAGUCGACGAUGAUGGCUUUUCCCGAGCUCGAAGAGAAGAAAAUGAAGAAAAAACCGAAUCUCCUCCUACUCGGCCUUCGUUAACUUAUCACAAAGAUUUUCACCAACAUGGCCCGACCGCGGUGGCUCCAGCUUAUAAUUUCUUGGUCUCGGUUCCGGAAAAAUGUGGCUCUGAAUUCUGGUUUGCGAUUAUUGAAUACUUGAAUUUUCCACAGCCGAGUUGGCCGAAAGAUUCAACAGACAAGAAAUAUCAUCAACGAAAAUAUCUGCUUCCAAUGGUCAGCUCGAUAGAUGGCGCUUCAGAAUCACUCAUGAAAAAAGGAAGUACAGUAGCUGUCGUAAGACAUCCUUUCCUCCGACUGUACUCCGCCUACACUGGAUUCUUCAAAGGAGGAAAUCUUUACAGAGACCGUGAAUUUGCUUUUUGGUGGACUGAACAAUCAGGUUCUUUUUACGAACUGUUCGACCGCCAUCCCCACAUUCGCGAAAAUAUCUACGAUUUGAAAGAAACAAAAGAAUCAUUCCAGAGCCAAGCGCGCGAUUUCUUCACCUUCCCGGAAUUCAUCGAAUUCGUGAUUAUCGAACUCUCGACAACAGAGAACUCAAAGUAUCAAAGAACUUGGAAAGAGAGUGGGAAUGAUCAUAUCAACCCGAUUUUCGCAAUUUUACAGCCGUGUAAAUAUGAAUUUCAAUACUUCGUCAAAGUUGAACACCUCUCCGUUGAGUCUCGAGCCCUCUUUUCCGCGCUGGACAUCAAUCUUCCAGACAAAUACCUCCUGCCAGCUCAUGAAUCGACAAAUGCCGCAAAAAGCGCCGAAAUGAAAGUGCGCGAAGCCUACAAAGACGUCAAAAUCGCCGAUCGUCGCAAACUCGCCGAGUUUUACAAGCUCGACUUAGAAAUAUUCGAUCACGAGCCUGAUUCCAUUUUUGAUUUCAAACAGGUUUUGCUGAACCAAAACUUUGUUUUCGAUGGAAGACCUCUUACAGUCACUGGAGUAUAUUUCAAAGAAGAUCCCCGAAAAAAUGAAAUUGAUGAACCUAUUUUUCAUCAGAUGGUUAUUGAUCGAAUCGAGAACGAUCAUUAUAUUCUUAAAAACAGCCUGAUAAAAUACGGAGGAGCCGAGAUUCGAAUUGAUAUGAAGAGCCCUUAUUAUACGAACAUUGAAAUGGUCAAGUUUUACGAAGAUCAGAAUUUUAUCUACGAGACGAAAGAUGAAAAAAUGCACCUAGUGAAUGAAAAUAUCAACAGAGACGCACUUCAAACAAAUCGUUGGUAUCUUCUCCCCCAAGCGUACUCUGUUUCUCUUGAACAGCUGCCACUGCAUCCUGGAUACGAAUUUAUGCGAAAAACACCCUUCGGCAAAUGUUUUCUCAUUCCAAGCCAUGAAAAAACUUAA